CGCCAGCCUUCGCCUUCUGUCAUUCUGCAUUGAUGGCCCCUUGCUCGAAGAUCCCUCAAUAUCUAUCCGCCUUGGUCAUCCAUCCACGUCGUCCAGCUCGCCUGAAUCCAGCAACUUCUUGACCUCUCCUCGUUGCAGCGCAACACAAUGGCGCUCUUACAGCAUAAGGCGCUCGUCGAUUACGAGAAACAACUAGAGGCGUUUCAGUCGUUUCUUGAGAAAUUCGAGACCUCCAAAACCUCGACCGACGCGGCUGCGGAAGCAAUUGAUGAUUUGCACCUAAACGGCGACCAUACCAGCGACGAAUAUGAUUUCAUGGACGAUGUUUCAGAAGGCCAUUCCGGCAACUCGAGGCGGCAGCCCAAAAGAAAAUACAUGGAUAUGUUACAAGAGGUAGCGAAUCGAGAGCGACAAAAUGUCCUGGUAGAGCUGGAUGACCUCCAAGAGUUCGAAGAAACGCUCCCCGCAGAGCUGAAUCUGAGAUUGGUCGAGUCUGUGACAACCAACACGAAGCAUUAUGUUGACCUUUUCGCCGAUGCUGUGGACAAAGUCAUGCCCAAGCCCAGCAAGGAGAUCUCAUUCAAAGACGAUGUUCUCGACAUCAUCAUGGCCCAGCGGGCAAAGAGGAACGAGACAGUAGCCUCGGCGCGAGAAGCAGAGGCUGACGCCGCCUUACCAGUUUCUACAUUUCCUCCGGAGCUGACGAGACGAUACACAGUCAACUUCAAACCGGUGACACCGAGGGGUUCCGAUGCUCCGAAGAAGACUUUGGCCGUACGGCAAGUUCGGGGUGAGCAUCUUGGGCACCUCAUCACAGUGCGCGGAAUCACCACAAGAGUGACCGAUGUCAAGCCGAGCAUACAGAUCCAGGCCUACACCUGUGACCGGUGUGGCUGUGAGAUCUUUCAGCCAGUCACGUCGAGACAGUUUACACCUUUGCAGAUCUGCCCGUCGGAAGAAUGCAAGGAGAACGACUCCAAAGGCCAACUCUUCCCAUCGACCAGAGCAUCGAAAUUCUUGCCGUUCCAAGAAGUUAAGAUCCAGGAGAUGGCCGAUCAGGUUCCAGUCGGCCAUAUCCCUCGAACGUUAACAGUACACUGUACAGGCAGCCUUACGCGAACAAUGAGUCCUGGCGACGUCGUCGAUAUUGACGGCAUUUUCCUCCCGACACCUUAUACUGGGUUUCGAGCGAUUCGGGCUGGUCUUUUAACAGACACAUAUUUAGAGGCUCAAAACGUCACACAGCACAAGAAGGCAUACCAAGACCUGACGAUGGACCCGCGCAUCAUUCGACGGAUCGAGUCAUUCAAGGCGACGGGCCACAUGUACGAGUACCUGGCUCGAUCUAUCGCGCCGGAAAUCUACGGUCAUUUGGACGUGAAGAAAGCGCUACUGCUGCUGCUCAUUGGCGGCGUCACCAAGGAGAUGGGCGACGGCAUGCGAAUCCGUGGCGACAUCAACGUCUGUCUGAUGGGCGAUCCAGGUGUGGCCAAAUCCCAAUUACUGAAAUACAUUACCAAAGUGGCACCACGGGGCGUGUACACGACCGGAAGAGGAUCCAGCGGAGUAGGUCUGACAGCAGCCGUGAUGCGAGAUCCUGUGACGGACGAGAUGGUGUUGGAGGGUGGUGCUUUGGUGCUUGCGGACAACGGAAUCUGCUGCAUUGACGAGUUUGACAAAAUGGACGAUGGUGACCGCACGGCGAUCCAUGAGGUCAUGGAACAACAAACCAUCUCGAUCAGCAAAGCUGGAAUCACCACGACGUUGAACGCCCGCACAUCGAUUUUGGCAGCAGCCAACCCUCUGUAUGGGCGGUAUAACCCCCGGAUUUCGCCCGUGGACAACAUCAAUCUCCCGGCAGCAUUGUUGUCGCGAUUCGACGUGCUGUUCUUGAUCCUGGACACGCCGUCGCGGGAAGCCGACGAAGAGCUGGCCCACCACGUCUGCUACGUCCACAUGCACAACGAGCACCCGGAACCGGAAGGUGAGGGUGUCGUGUUCUCUCCCCACGAGGUCCGACAGUAUAUUGCGCAGGCACGCACGUUCCGGCCCAACGUGCCCAAGUCUGUUUCGGACUACAUGGUCGGGGCGUACGUGCGGAUGAGACAGCAGCAGAAACGCGACGAAGGGUCGAAAAAACACUUUACGCACACUUCGCCCAGAACGCUGCUAGGCGUCCUGCGUCUGUCUCAGGCGCUUGCGCGGUUGAGGUUCAGCAACGAAGUCGUCAACGAAGAUGUCGACGAGGCGCUGCGUCUGAUCGAGGUCUCCAAGGCAAGUCUGUAUCAUGACCAGCGUAGUGGAGGCGAUCAGACGGUCAGUUCGAGGAUCUAUGAUCUCAUCCGUGGAAUGAGAGAGUCCGGCGCCGCCAGUGUCGGGUCUGGCGCCCGGGGAGAAUUGAAUCUGGCCCGUGUCAGAGAAUUGGUCUUGGCCAAGGGCUUCACGGCCGAUCAGUUGCAAAGGACCAUUGAGGAGUAUGAGUUGCUUGAUGUCUGGCAAGUUGCCAACAACGGCACGAGACUCGUCUGGAUCGAAGCCGGCGAUAGCGAUGACGAGGACAUGGACGAUGGAGAAUGAAUGAGUGACGACUUGACUUGAUUUCUGCAACUGGUAUAUUUGGUUUUGUUACAUGGCCAAAAUGGGGCUGUGGGCACAUCAUCAAUUCGGAUUUCUACAGAGCACGAAGAGAGCGGGAAAGAAGGGCAUAUCGAGCCAGGCCUAGGGGCUGGGAGUGGAGGUGGCUUUUUGAACGAAAGCUCUACCGUCUGAUCUGGUCUGAUCUGAUCUGUUUCUCUUCAAUCGAAACUCGUCCCCAUCACUACUACCGUCGACCCUGCUAUUUAGCACGGUGGGUCCAGGCCUUGUGGCCCCUUUAUAUCAUGGACCACGCCAGUUGGCUUGACUCGCCACCUGUCGAAGCAGUGCCUGCCUGGAGAAUCGCGGAUAUACUGUACUGUACUCUCAGCCGUCUCGACCGAGGAGAUUCUUCUCAGAUACUCUGUGGUCCUCUACCGCGGCAAACGAAGUGUUAUAUUGAGCCGAUACAAUGAAGGUACAAUAGUACCCAAGUUGCCGGCGUGGACUAAGGAUCAUCCAGCCUUGCGGAUCAGAGCCUCGCACUGACAGAAGCACAAGAGGAAAGAAAGAAACAACAAUAUCUGUUCCAAAGCGCCUCAUGCUACAAUUUAUGAUAAUGAAAUUAUUUUACUGUGUUCGUUGCCAA